CGGUGAUUGCCACUCUCACACUCUACACGUUGUCAACACACCGUGCCGGAUUACAGACGACAGCGGAGAAGACUCGUUGACAGACCCGAGGACACGACCUGAUCUUUAACCUUGCAUCAACAUGUCAAAAGUAUUUAAGAAGACCAGCGGCAAUGGGCAUAUUACCCUGUACUUGGGGAAGAGAGACUUUGUGGACCAUGUGGAUUCAGUGGAAGUAAUCGAUGGUGUUAUUAAAGUGGACCCCGCUGGUCUUGAAGGCAGAAAAGUAUUUGUCUACCUUGCCUGUGCCUUCCGCUAUGGAAGCGAUGACUUGGAUGUCAUCGGGCUGUCCUUCAGGAGAGACAUCUGGAUCAAGCGGGUUCAGGUGUAUCCACCUACAGGUGAAAACACAGCCAAAACCCCAAUGCAGGAGUCACUGCUAAAGAAAGUUGGAGAGCAGGGAUGUCCCUUUUCUUUCCAGUUGCCAACAGAUCUGCCAUGUUCAGUCUCCUUACAGCCUGGGCCAAAUGAUGCUGGCAAGGCCUGUGGUGUGGACUUUGAGGUAAAAGGAUACAUUGCCAAGGAGGCCAACAAUGCAGAUGAAGUCGUUGAAAAGAAGGACACAUGUCGCCUGAUGGUCCGCAAAAUACAGUUUGCACCAGCCAGCAACAAGGCCGGACCCAAAGCUGAUAUCGCCAAGCAGUUCAUGAUGACUGACAAGCCUAUUCACCUGGAGGCCUCCCUUGAAAAAGAGAUUUAUUACCACGGAGAUCCAAUCGUUGUCAACGUGAAAGUCAACAAUGAAACCACCAAGAUUGUGAAGAAAAUCAAAGUGUCAGUUGAGCAGCUAACAAAUGUGGUGCUGUACUCAUCUGACACUUACGCCAAGGCAGUCUGCACUGAAGAGUUUGGGGAGACAAUAAACGCAAACUCUACAUUUGAGAAGGCCUUCCAAAUAACCCCUAUGCUGGCCAACAGCAAAGAGAAGCGUGGCCUUGCAGUGGAUGGGAGACUAAAAGACGAGGACACCAACCUAGCAUCUACCACCCUGAGCCAAGGAGAAAAGGAGAUGCAGGGAAUCAUUAUCUCCUAUAAAGUCAAGAUCAAUCUGAUGGCGUCCAGCGGAGGCCUUCUGGGUGGCCUGACAGGAGGUGAUGUCACUUUGGAGCUUCCUCUGACUCUGAUGUCCCCAAAGCCCGCAGGUGACAAAUUGGAUUAAAGACCUCUUUAGUCAGGACAGACAUUUCAAUCGGGUCCAUGGACAGCUGAGACAACAAGCAAAGGAAAAUCACACCUCUGAAAGACAAUAGAGAACAAAAAGGAACUCAACAUUACUAAGGAACAGCACUGGUUGUCAACGAGUCACUUCAAUGUUCUUAUUUCUCCUGUACAUCUUCAUUUUAUUGGGCAUUCCCAUGAGAGCUCUUUCACUGAAAAUGAAUCAAACUCAGAUUUAAACAUGUAUUGUCAAAUUUUCUUCAUUUAAGAAAGGCCCUUAGUAUAGAGUGUAGACUUUUUUCUUUUUAAGUGUUGUAAUUAAAAUGGAAAGCUUCAUUUAUCAAUAAUCUAUAUUGCUGUCUUUAGAGCCAUGAUGUGUUAUGACGGACUGUACAGCUGUGGGAGGAAUAUCCCUAAAAAUCGUACUUGUGUUGCUGUUGAAUGACAGAAAACUGAAUAAACACAUUGUUUCCCCAAA